AUGGUACAUUUAUCUGUUCGUGUCUGGUCUUCUUCUGAUGCCCUGGAUGAAGUUACCAAAAGAUCUUACACUGUCGAUCCUUCGGCUACAAUUCUCGAUGUCAAAACACUAGUAUGGCGUUUUUCCCCAAAUUUGAACUUGGUUCCACGGUGUCAGACAAUGAAAUACCGAUUUCAAGUUUUGCAGGAUGAUUUGGUGUUGGACACCCUUCAAACCAGAGACGUAAGUCUGGAAGUACUAGUCGAUGCUUCUAAGAAGGCUGUUGAAGAACCGCCAGUUAGUUAUCUCCCUGUUCGAUACGUAUUCGACUAUCGAUUCUCACUAGAUCCCAUGGAUAGCAGAGUACCAUACAGAGGAAUAAUCGGAUCAAUGAAAACAUAUGUAGCUGAAAUGGUUAGGCUAAAGGAGGAAAACAUUCUUCUGAAACUGGAAGAGAAUGGUGAGCAUCUGGAUCCUCAGAAACUGCUCAGUGACUAUCUGGGACUAGACCUCCCACCAAAGGAUUACACCUUAGUGAUCAAAGUUGAAUCGUUGGUGCCUUUGGAGGAGCAAUCAGAGAACGAUCAUUCGAUUAAUGUGAUUACGAUAGCAAACAACAUUCUAGAGGAUAAUGUAUUCAAAGUUGAUCUUGAGCAUACAACUAUCGGGGACUUGAAGAAAGAAAUGACACAUCGAUACAUCCCACAAGAAAAAUACGGAUUUUCCCCUCUUGACCCAAAUAGAAUAAAGGCCAUUGCUUUGGGUAGGUUGCUUCUGGAUGAGGAAAAAGUGGGCGAAAUAUUUGACUUUGACUCACUCACUCAACCUUCGUUCCAUGUAGUUAUCUCUGCAUUAUCUGCGGAGGAGAGAGAUGAGGCAAGAAAAGCAAGAGGCAAUGGAAACAUAGAGUUAAUAAGUAACACUCCACUGACAUCAUCCUCCAACAACCCGGAAUCAAAUCUUAAAUUCACUGUCUGCUCCACUAACGGUGAGUAUGGCACAGUGGAAUUGUCCACUGACCAUUACAGAAUAUCAGAUGAGAAUAUUUCGUUUUCCAGAGAUGCGAUUCGACAGAUUGAAGCUACACUGGGACAUGGGUUAAUCCUACCAAGAAUUGAAACUGAGGUUAUUAGAGAAACCACAAGAACUGAGGCUAGGCCUACGCAUGAUGCAGAAAACCCGGAAGAGCUGCCCCAACGUCAACCAGAGCAUUAUCCAGGACCUCCCCUUGCUCAACCUGUUGGAAGAAUACGGCAAAUGGAUUUUUAUCUAAACAUCAAUGGACAGCAAGUUACUGCGGAAGAGUUGGCGGCAUUUUUCAGCUGGAUGAAUCAAUCAUCAAGAGCACUUUAUACAGGUGCAAGACGAAUCUAUGAGAGGAAUACGCAUAAACGUCUUUUCAAGUUACUAAUACUAGUUUCCAAACACGUCCUCAUCUUCAAUCUAUCCGUCUAUAUGUUUGGACUAAAUCACGAGAUAUCCUAUAGUUACAUGGUUAUCUUCCUGCUGCUAUUUGUUCUUUCAAGAAAGGACAUUCUAGACCAAGUGCAUACUAUUAUAGUCGAAGACUUACCUGAAUCCACCAAUAGAACAUUGACCACAGUGACUGUUGGAUCCAGAACAAUAGGACAUGCUGUACGAUUUGCAAAGGAGGCUCUAUAUCAAAGGCUCAUUUACCUUGGCAUUGGAAAUAACAGAGAAGGGCUGAUCGAUCCCCUGGCAUCUCAACCAUCAGAAGAGCAGCUAGGCAGUCUAAGGAACAAGAUUCAAAUUGCGUUGCAGGAUGUAUAUCUAGCGGUUAUUUGCAUGUUUCCAGGUAUUUACCAGACUUUCAAUGAUCAAAUGACCAGUAGGAGGAGCAUAAAUAGCGUAAGUAACUGA